ACAAAAUCCUACAAUUUAUAGUUACCAUCAAUAAAAAACAAUAUCCUGUUAUAAUUUAAAUAAUUAUACCUGGAAACUCUGUAUAAACUUGAUGCAUUAAAAUGUCCAUCUCAUUGGAUAAAGAAGCUUUCUUCCGGAGAUUGCAAAAGUUGUAUUCAACAUGGGAGGCAGCAACUGAUGCUCCUCUUGAAAAAUGUGAUGCAGUUGUUGUUUCCAUGGGAACAGAUGAGGAUGUUGUGUAUUCCAAAACUACAGCUCUGCAGACAUGGCUGUGUGGAUACGAACUAACAGAUACUGUGAUGGUCUUCUGCAAACAAACCAUCACAGUUUUGUCAAGUAAGAAAAAGAUUCAAUUCCUAAAAGAUGCAGUAAGUGGAAGAACAGAGGAAAAUGCAAAUGGUUUGCCAAAUGUUGAACUCAUGUUGAGGGACAAAGAAAAUAAUGAAGAAAAUUUUGUAAAACUUAUACAAACAAUCAAGGAAAGUAAAAACGGAAAUGUCAUUGGUCAAUUUCACAAAGACAAAUUUUCCACAAAAUUCAUCGAUUCUUGGAAGGAGGCGCUUGGAAAAGCAGAGUUCGAAUCUGUUGACAUUAGUGCACCACUGGCUGUACUUAUGGCUCCGAAAGAUGAAUCUGAGAUUGCUAUGAUGAAGAGAGCUGCAGGUGUCACACUCGAGAUAUAUAGCAAAGUUUUCAAGGAGAAUGUUAAAGAUGUAAUUGAUGCAGACAGAAAAGUAAAACAUUCCAAGAUGUCUGAGUUGAUAGAAAAAGCUCUUGAAGACAAGACACAUUUAAAAGGAACAGAUCCAACAUUAGUUGAGACAUGUUAUCCUCCUAUUAUUCAAAGUGGUGGGACAUACAACCUCAAAUUCAGUGUCGUAAGUGAUAAAAACACUCUUCACUUUGGUUGCAUCAUCUGUAUGUUUGGUGUUCGCUACCGAUCAUAUUGUUCCAACGUUGUCCGAACAUUGAUGGUGAAUCCUAGCGAUGAAAUGCAAAGCAAUUACACCUUCCUUGUCGAACUUGAAGAGCUGAUGUUCGAAAAACUAAAACCAGGUGUUCGAUUAUGCGAUGUCUACAGCUCUGUGUUGUCCAAAGUGCGAUCUGCCAAACCUCAACUAGUUAGUAAACUAACUAGGAGUUUUGGUUUUGCGAUGGGCAUUGAAUUUCGUGAAGGAGCCUUAUUAAUCAAUGGAAAGAAUCAAGUAAAGGCAGAAAAAGGAAUGGUCUUCAACAUUAACAUCGGGUUUGAAAAUCUUGUGAAUCCUGAUGGUGAAAAAAGUGCCGACAAAAAUUACGCAUUGUAUGUUGGUGACAUGGUGCUUGUGAAUGAUGAACCACCUGCCUCGUUGAUAACACGGGAUAAAAAGAAAGCCAGAAAUAUUUCAAUAUUUCUAAAGGAUGAGAGUGAAGAGGAGAGUGAGGAGGAAGAGGAUUCAGCGAAUGUCCUCCUGGGAAGAGGAGCAAGGAGUGCUCUUGUUAAAGAAAAAACUCGGCAAGAGAUCAGCGCUGAAGUGAAAAGACAAAACCACCAACGCGAGUUGAGAAUGGAUUUGAACAAACUUGCCAAGGAGAGGAUAAUGCACAACAGUGGAUCCGUUGAAUCAUCAAAAGUGAAAAAGUCGAACGUUUCUUACAAAUCUCGUUCUCUUCUUCCCGUGAAAGAACCCGAUAUUUAUGAUUUGAAAAUCUUCAUUGAUAAAAAAUACGAAACAAUCGUGUUGCCUUUGUUUGGAAUUCCAACCCCAUUCCAUAUCUCAACUAUAAAGAACAUAAGUAUGAGCACAGAAGGUGAUUACUCGUACCUCAGGAUCAACUUUUUCUGCCCAGGAAGCACCAUUGUGAAAGAAAACACAAGAUUCCCAUCCACCGAUGACGCAAUGUUUAUUAAGGAGCUCACAUACCGAGCGCUUGCUAAUCGCGUGCCCGGUCGAUCAGAACCUCCUGCAGCCAACUUACAACUCAGUUUCCGAUUAAUUAAAGAACUCCAGAAGAAAUUUAAAACAAGGGAAGAUGAGGAAAGGGAGAAGGAGGUGGGUUGUAUAACACAGUUAUACUUUAUAUUUGAAAAAUUUAAUUAAAAAAAAAAAUAAAAUUUUUUAAAAACAUUAUAAAUUAACAUGCUGCUGUUUUCUCAAGGUUUCCGAUACACGUCGGUUCGAGGUGAUAAAGUAGACAUCUUAUAUAACAACAUCAGGCACGCCAUUUUCCAACCAUGUGAUCACGAAAUGAUCAUCGUUCUUCACUUUCAUCUCAAGAAUGCGAUGAUGUUUGGAAAGAAACGUCAGAUCGAUGUUCAGUUUUACACUGAAGUUGGUGAGAUGACAACUGACCUUGGGAAGAUGCAACACAUGAGAGAUAGGGAUGAUCUUUAUGCUGAACAGGCCGAGCGAGAGUUGCGACACAAACUAAACACGAUGUUCAAGAACUUUGUUGACAAAGCUGAAACGAUUUCCCGCGGAGAGAUCGAGUUCGAUUCACCUUUCCGCGAACUUUCGUACUUCGGGGUUCCGUUCCGAAGCACUUGUCUCCUCCAACCAACUAGUGCUGCUCUCAUCAAUAUUGUGGAAUGGCCUCCAUUCAUUGCAACAUUGGAUGAAAUUGAACUGGUUCAUUUCGAGCGUGUGCAAUUCCACCUAAAGAGUUGUGACAUGGUCAUCGUGUUUAAGGAUUAUAAGAAGAAAGUUGAAACUAUUAAUUCUAUUCCAAUGCAAUCUCUUGAAGCAAUACGAGAAUGGCUCAACUCGUGUGACAUUCACUACACCGAAGGCAUCCAAUCAUUGAACUGGGGUAAGAUCUUGAAGACCAUCCUUGAUGAUCCGGAGGCUUUCUUUGAGCAGGGAGGAUGGAGUUUCCUCGAACCGCAAAGUGACGGAGAAGGAGAUGACUCCGAUGAAAGCGAGAGCGAUUUCAAUCCCCAGUCUUCCGAAGGUGGAUCAGAUGAAGAAGGAUCAGAGGAUAGUGAUGAGGAUUACUCAUCCGAUGAUGAAGGGGAGAGUGAUGCUUAUGAAGGAUCUCUUGGGAGUGAUGAGGAGAGUGGGAAGGAUUGGGAUGAACUGGAGGAGGAAGCAAGGAGAGCUGAUGAAAAUAAGAACAACCACGAGGAACAACAACCAGAACCGAGGAAGCGCAAGCGUGACCACAGUUCGCACCGAAAAUCGGCAAAACGGCGCCGGUAAUUCCCCCAAUCCAAUCCUUGUAUUUGCACCCCCUAAGCGUUUCACCAGCGCUUGAUCGCCUUCUAGUGUAAAUUACACAGCGUUUGGUUAUAUGAACUACCAUGUAGGAUCAGACUUCGGUCGCAGUGAUGUCGUUUUUUUACAUAUAUUUUACGGUUGUUCCAAUCAAGCCACCAGUUUCCAUUUCCCCAAAACUGCCAUUCAAAUAUCAAUACAUCUUCAAAGAAUCCAAACUUUCUUCUGCGAUGUUUGAAAUAAAUAUGGCCAUUAAUUCCAACUGUUAUAUUGGCAAAAUGUUGCCACGUUGCCAUUAUUUUCUAUUUCGCUUUUGAAAUAAAAAAUGCAGAAUGUG